AUGGCGGCUCUCUGUGAGACUCUGUUGGGAGAGGAAACUACCACAACCACCACGAUGUGGUUUAAAACACCUGCAUACCGGCGAACUCUGGAGCUGCACGCGCAGCUUUUAGAAGCAAUCUGGGUGGAUGGCUAUACCAUGGCAGCCGAGUUCCAGUCAUGGUUGCAAACUCGAGUGCUAGCCAUACUCGUUGGAAUCACGGUUGGGUUGCCAACCUUGGUGGCCAUUUGCUACAGGUAUUCGAGCCGCUUUCGCCGAUGGACAACGUGUUUCGAUUCUUUGCUCAAGUACCGUCUCUGUUUUGGUGCUUUGACAUUCCCCGCUGUAGCUGCGGCACUAACCUCUGCUGUUCUUGGAUUUCGCAUUCUGGAAAGCAUCCAGCCUCUCAUGGAGGAUACGCAGGAGUAUUAUCUCAGCUCCAUGACUGGCAGGCUGAUCGACACUUUCAUCCAGGAAUCUUACAGGUUCUCGGAGUUGGGGAUGGCGGGCACCAUGCAGACGCACGUGCUGGCCAGCCAACUGUGCAACCCCACGGAUGCACCCUUUCAACUACAUAAGCUGGACGUGGAUGCCCGCUUGGAAGACGAAGUCUUCAUGGAAGGCGGCCUCAGGGCCCCUGUAGCCGUGCAGCCCUCCUCUGUGUCGAGCAUGGUGCUGGAGUACAUCGUUGCCAAAGACUGGCAGCGUCUGGUUGGUCCGAGCGUUGGGGUUGUCGUGGACAGCGCUCUGAGCAACCUUCUGCCAAAUCAACACUCCACCAUGACGGUUUCCUUUAUCGUGCGAACCAGGUGCACGAUCCGAAAUACGGAUGUGCUCCUGGGAAUCCGAGCGAAUUUCCCAUUCCUGCUGGCCAACUUACCAGAGGUGUGGACGUGGAAUGCGACAUAUUAUGCUGACAAGUACAACAUGUGGUCUAUGUUGUACGAC